CUGCGGGCAAAGCGGCUGCGGAGUCCCGGCCGGCGCCCCGCUUUCCUCGCUCCAGCAACCCAAGAGGGGGGGAACCGUCGUGGGAGACCCGAGAUCCCCGACUGGGGGGCCUUCGAGUAGAGGUUCCGCCUGGGGAUCCCCAUCUAGGGGCCAAGAGGAGCGGAAGAGAGAGAGGCUGCUGCUGACACCCAGCAGGCAAGAUGGCAGAAGCCCACCAGGCAGUGGCCUUCCAGUUCACCGUCACUCCGGACGGGGUGGACUUCCGGCUGAGCCAGGAAGCCCUAAAGCAGAUCUACCUCUCGGGCCUCCAUUCCUGGAAGAAACGCUUCAUCCGGCUGAAGAACAGCUUCCUGACUGGGGUGUAUCCCGGCUCCCCCUCCGGCUGGCUGGCCAUCUCUGCCGUGACCGUGGGCAGCACCUGGGUCCACGUGGAUCUCUCCAGGGGGGCCAUCAGCAGAAUCCAGAAGCACCUGCUCUCCAGCUGCAGCCGCUACUUCAACCUCCGCCAGCAGACCCUGCUCAGUGCCCUGAUCUUCUCCACGGGCGCCUGGGUCCUGGGCAUCUGGCUGCGCCGCCAGAUGUUGAAGGUGCUGCUCUCCUACCACGGCUGGAUGUUCGAGCCCCAUGGCAAGACCAGCUUCAGCACCAAAGUCUGGGUGGCCUUAGUGAAGGUCAUGUCCGGGCGCCACCCGCUGCUCUACAGCUUCCAGACCUCCCUGCCCAAGCUGCCAGUGCCCCGCGUGGAGGACACCAUCCAGAGGUAUCUGGAGUCUGUGCAGCCCUUGCUGGAGAAGGAGAAGUUUGAGCAGAUGGAGGUCCUGGCCAGGGACUUCCAGCAGAAAGUGGGCACCCGCCUCCAGAAGUUCCUAGUCCUCAAGUCCUGGUGGGCCACCAACUACGUGAGCGACUGGUGGGAGGAGUACAUCUACCUGCGAGGGAGGGGCCCCAUCAUGGUCAACAGCAACUACUACCUCAUGGACUUUCUCUACAUCACCCCCACGCCCAUCCAGGCUGCCCGAGCGGGCAACUGCGUGCACGCCAUCCUGAAGUACCGGCGCCAGCUGGACCGGGAAGAGCUUGCGCCUGUGAUGGCGCUGGGCGUGGUGCCCAUGUGCUCCUACCAGAUGGAACGGAUGUUCAACACGACGCGCAUCCCUGGCAAAGAGGCAGACUCCCUCCUGCACCUGGCCGACAGCAGGCACCUGGCCGUCUUCCACAGAGGCCGCUUCUUCAAAGUCUGGCUCUACCACGGGGGGAAGCACCUGCCCCCCCGGGACCUGGAGAUGCAGUUCCAGCGCAUCCUGGACGACCCCUCCCCUCCGCAGCCGGGGGAGCUGAGGCUGGCAGCCCUCACUGCGGGGAGCAGGGUGCCCUGGGCUGAGGCCCGUGCCAAGUUCUUCAGCCGGGGCAAGAACAGGGCAUCGCUGGACUGCAUCGACCGAGCCGCCUUCUUCCUGGCCCUGGACGAAGAGCCGCAAGGCUUCAGCCCUGAGCGGGAGGAGAGCCUCAGCGACUACGCCAAGAGCCUCCUGCACGGGCACUGCUACGACCGGUGA